AUGGGACUGCUAACCUCGGGAACGCCAUUGCCAUGGGGGGAUUCUAGGAAGUAUAUUGAGUAUGUUAAGAAGAAUGGUGUUGAACAAUUAUUAUAUAUUUUUGCGGCAGCUGCUGAACGGGAUGGUGAUCCUCUUUACUGGGGAGAUGAGUUAGAGUAUAUGAUGUGUAUCGUUGAUGAUGUUGCGGAGGAGGCCAGGCUCACGGUGCAUCAUGAGGCAGUGAUUGGAGAGCUUAAUGGUGAGUAUAAGGGGGAAUGUGAGGAUUUGAAUGUUCAUUUUCAUCCUGAGUAUGGGAGGUAUAUGUUGGAGGCAACACCUUUGGUUCCGUAUAAGGGUUUCAACCCUACGGAGGUGGAAGAGAAUAUGCUUGCGAGGCGUCAAGUUGCAUCUGCGAAGUUAUGUAGGGCUAAUGUAACACCGUUGUCCAUAACAGUGUUCCCGAGGAUGGGUUGUUCGGAUUUCAGUGAUAUAGAGGAUGCCUGGUCACACAAGAACUCGGCUAGUCGAUCGCUUUACUUACCUGAUGAGAUUAUAAACAGCCAUGUGCGAUUCCCCACGUUGACUGCCAAUAUCAGGACCCGGCGUGGCGAGAAAGUUUGCAUCAAUAUCCCAAUGUAUCGUGAUGAAAGAACCCCUGCUGACGAUGAUACAGUUUACACUAGAGAUUGGUUUCCGAGGGAGGAUGCUGAGUCCGUUGUUGCGAGUAAGCCAGGACACGUUUAUCUGGAUGCUAUGGGUUUUGGGAUGGGGUGUUCUUGUCUACAGCUAACGUUUUCAGCUCCAAAUUUGAAGAAAGCCAGGUAUUUGUAUGAUUCCCUAACCAAUUUUGCCCCAAUCUUCCUUUCUGUGUCUGCAGCGUCGCCAUUCUUUAAGGGUUGGUUGGUGGAUCAGGAUGUUCGUUGGAAUGUUAUAUCUGGCGCUGUGGAUGAUCGUACACCAUAUGAACGCGAUAUGGAACCACUGCUCCCUGAAGUCAACGGGCUGUAUGGAGGUAUUGCAGAAGACAGGACUUCGAGCACCCAACGUAAUCCAAAGUCUCGGUAUAGCACGGUUGCUCUAUAUUUGGGUGGGAACGAUUUUUACUCCUCUGAAUUGAAUGAUAUUGAUGUUCCCAUAAAUACCGAUGUAUUUGAGAAGCUACAGCAUAAUGAUAUAUACAGCAUUGAUCAAGAUUUAGCGCGUCAUUUUUCUCACUUGUUCACUAGGGACCCCUUGGUUAUUUUCACUGAGUUGUUGGAUCAGCAAAAUCACAUCGAUAUAAAUCAUUUUGAGAAUAUUCAAUCCACUAACUGGCAGAGUUUAAGGUUCAAACCCCCAUCUCAGGAUGCUACUCCUGACAACGUUACUGCUACUGGUUGGAGAGUGGAAUUCAGGACCAUGGAAUCUCAGAUUACAGAUUUUGAAAAUGCAGCAUUGGCGACGUUCAUUUACUUGGUUGUAGAAUGUUUGUUGACAUUCGACGAUGACAUUAAUGCAUAUAUACCGAUUUCAAGAACGCUGGAAAAUAUGGGCCUGGCUCAUAAUCGUGGCAGCAUUAUAACUACAAAAUUCUACUGGAAAAAUGACUUUUCACCGGAUGCAGACUCCUCAGCAAGCAUGUAUACCAUUGACGAAAUUUUUCACAGUACCAAAAACGGUAUUUUUGCUCUAUUCAUUGAUCGCAUCUUAAAACAUAAAGGUUAUAUUGCAAACAGCUGGGUAGAAUUGGCCAGUUCUGAUAUUCCAAAGAUUCGAAGGUUAUAUUAUUAUUUAAAGUUGAUCUCUGAUAGAACAAGGGGCAAAUUGCCUAAUGCUGCGGAAUAUAUGCGCAAUUUUGUUUUAAAAAACCCUGCAUAUCAGAAGGAUUCUAGAAUUAACAAGAAGAUUAAUUAUGAAUUGUUGCGAACGUCAUUAAGGUUAGCUCUUUUGGAUAACUCUCAUGGGGAGGUUACUGAAUACUUUGGCGAAGAAAUUGGAAACUACAUCUUGCAAAAUGGGUUGUGA